AUGUCCUCAACAGGUGUACCAGACCCAAGUUCUGGUGGAAGCAGUGACGACAACACGGAGCUCAUUAUUGCCGUGGUUGCGCUGGUCAUCUCCGUCUUGGCCUUUGUCAUCGCGAUUCUGCAGGCUCUGCAGCAGUAUCUCGCCACAGCCACCGGUUUCUCGUCAUGCAGUGAGGCUGUCAUAGGAAAAUGGGCUCAAUUUGCUCGGCGCCGGAUGAUCUGGUCCGAGUUCCGUUUCGAGGUCCAGUUUGAGGCUCCUGUCAUUUUCGUCGCUAAGCCCGGCAACACCAGGGGACCACUGGGUGAUGAUGCCCUGGCCAAGGACGAAAGCAAAAAGAUCAUUCGCCUCGAUGGCGGAAACGACAAUUUCAAGUACACAGAUACUGUCAAGGAAUUCGACAACGAGUACAAGCAGAGCACGCAGCGCAUCAUUCACACGGCUGAUAACGAAAAGGCUACCUGGUAUGGCUUGCUCAUGGCUAUUGUCAGGAUGGAGAAAGAAUCUCGCGAGUGGCAGGGCAAGAAGUCAGCCGAGUGGGUUAAAGCGGCUGGUCCACGCCCACCAAUCGAUACUGAAGAGCCUAAUGCUCAUCACUCGCUAGUUGUCUGCAUGCAGAGAAAGAGGCGUACGUGGGAUAGCAUGCCCAAAGACUUUGCUAAACCUUAUGCCACAACUACAAUAUCGCAUCUUGUUGAGAUUGCAGGAAUGCUGGGCAUUCAUUGGAGGAAAUUUGAUCUCAAUACCGACCAGUAUCGCGGUCAGGGCAACGGGUUUGUUCUAUAUGGCUCAUACACGGAUGGUCUUGGUAUCACCUUUAACUUUCAGAAGCAAGGACCAACCUGGUUCGAAAAGAACCGUGUGAUCCCUAACUACAAUGUCAAGCAGCUAUGCUUCGGAAUGGCCCCGACUAUCUUCAACCAGGAGAAGAAAGUCUAUGCCGACGAGGCCAAGGGAGCUGAGAGUCUUCAGCUGGGAAGUCUGGCUGAGAUUGCAAAGACGCUCGUGGUGCUUGGGUGUGAUAUCAACACAGUCAACUACUUCCGAAAGCCUGACCAAGCACGCCACACUCACCUGUUUGCGGUUCCAUUCGAGAUCCUCGGCAUGGUCGGAGAAAUGCUUCAUUUGAAGGGCACCGUCUUCCGUAUGCUUCCUAACCCGACCGUUUUCUACUGGGAUCCCAGCUCCUUUUCUCUGUCAGCCCUCAUGACGGAAUUCAUCAACAGUUUGCGGCCUCUCCAUGAAACAGCCUUGAAGGAUAGUGAACAGGUAAGAAAAAUACUCAAGUGGGCAGAAGCAGACGAAAAGUUUCCGCUCCUGCGAACAGAAGGAUCCACGCUUGAUGUUUUUGGCGAAGAUAUUAAUGGUGCAAACUUGGUCAAUCACCUCAACAAUCUCCGAUCUGGAGUCGAGUUAUGCGAUGAGUAUUUUGGCAGGAUGAAGAAACCUGGAUUGUCCAUGAUCAAGAGAGUUGUGCGCAUGCAUAUCCAAGAGGUCAUGGGUAUUCUACACGAGAAGAACGAAGCCGACGAUAACAUGAAGAACGAAGACGAUGACAAAGCUCUUGACGAUGCACCAAUCACCAUCCACGACAUUGAUUCGGCGCCAGGUGAAGACAAAGAGACCCUCCUGAUUCAAAUGUACUUUGACCGCGUUCGACAAAACGUCGUCCGUAAUCUCAGCAAACAGGGCCUACUAAGCAAGCGUAUGAAGGCAAGACAAGAUUCCUUUGUCUCUGAAGAUGACAUUAGUGCAACUCGUCCUAAGAACGGAAGGUUCGGGGACAAGGAGCUCAAUGAAGCCUGGUGCGUACUUAUGUUCCGCAUGCUGUGCUGGUUGCAAUUGCACGACUUCCACAAAAUGGAUAUUCACAUCAGCAAAAGCGAUGCAUACGCGAGUCGCAUCCCGGUUUAUAUUGUAUGA